AACAGGCUAAACAACCUCCCUCUCUCUCUCUCUCUCUCUCUCUCUCUCUCUCUUCUCUCUUCUCUCAACAACUUCAAUACCCACCGAAAAAACACACAACAUUUUCUAGGGCUUUUGUCACGUUGUACCAAACUCUUUCUCUUUUGGGGUAGUAAAUCAGGGAAGGAGUCAUUUUAAGUUUAAGCUUCUGCGUCUCCUUUGUGAAAGGAGGAGAGAGAGAGAGAAAGUCAACGGCCAUGGCUGGUCGUAGAGACAGAACCCAACAGCUCCGUGGAUCUCGAAUUGCGAUCGCCAUCCUCAUCGGUAUCAUCAUCGGCUGCGUAUGCGCCGUUCUCUUCCCCAACGGCUUCUUCAACUCGAGCUCCUCUCUUACUGUAAAUGAACGCCUCCAGACUGGAUCCUCUUCUUGUGAAUCACCCGCACGUAUCAAGAUGCUGAAAUCAGAUUUUGCAUCUCUCUCAGAGAAGAACGCAGAUCUGAAGAAGCAGGUCCGGGAGCUAACGGAGAAGUUGCGUUCAGCUGAGCAAGGAUCAGACAGCGCGAGAAAACAGGUUCUAUCUUUAGGACCAAAGAUCAAGCCUGGUCCUUUCGGAACCGUCAAGAGCCUUAGAACCAAUCCAACCAUCCUCCCCGACGAAUCCGUAAACCCGAGACUAGCAAAGAUUCUAGAGGACACCGCCGUCGAUAAAGAGGUGAUCGUGGCGCUCGCAAACUCGAACGUGAAAGCGAUGCUGGAGGUUCAGAUCGCCAGCGUGAAGAGACUGGGCAUCACUAACUACCUGGUCGUCGCGUUGGACGAUUACAUUGAGAAUUUCUGUAAAUCGAACGACGUCGCUUAUUACAAGAGGGAUCCGGACAAGGACGUGGACACGGUCGGGAAGACCGGAGGGAACCACGCGGUCUCCGGACUGAAGUUCCGUGUGUUGAGAGAGUUCUUGCAGCUCGGUUACGGCGUUCUCCUCUCGGACGUGGACAUUGUCUUCUUGCAGAACCCGUUUAGGCAUCUGUACCGAGACUCCGACGUGGAGUCGAUGAGCGAUGGGCAUAGCAACAUGACGGCUUAUGGAUUCAACGAUGUGUUUGACGAACCGGCCAUGGGAUGGGCUCGGUACGCUCACACAAUGAGGAUAUGGGUUUUCAACUCUGGUUUUUUCUAUCUAAGACCAACGGUUCCUUCGAUAGAGCUGCUUGAUCGUGUGGCGGAUAGGCUCUCCAAGGCUAAGCUGUGGGACCAAGCGGUUUUCAACGAGGAGUUGUUUUAUCCCUCGCAUCCUGACUACGUUGGGCUGCAUGCUUCGAAGAGGGUGAUGGAUAUGUAUGAGUUUAUGAACAGUAAGGUGCUUUUCAAGACUGUUAGGAAGGAUCAGGAGCUGAAGAAGAAGGUGAAACCGGUGAUUGUUCAUGUGAAUUACCAUCCGGAUAAGCUUAAUAGAAUGCAAGCUGUGGUUGAGUUCUAUGUAAACGGUAAGCAAGACGCUCUUGAUAGCUUCCCAGAUGGUUCUGAAUGAUGAUAUGAUUCAUUCACCUGAAAAAAAAACAGGGUAGGCUCAAAAAGUUUCUUGAUAUUCUGUGAUUCUAAUUUUACUUUUCACGUCUUCUUUUUUUUUGUAUUACGAAUUUUGUGUAACUUAUGACUACGAUCUCAAGUCUUUUUUUUUUCUUUA